GUGUGCCGCCAUGCCCCAGCCACGGGCUGUCCACGGGCCUAGGCGCGGCGGCCCGAGAUAGGGUCCCCUCAGUCUCCCGGGGGAGGAGAGAGGCAGCGAGCUGCGCGCUCCGCCCCCUCCCCCCGGGCUGUCGCCGCUGCCGCUGCCGCCGCCACCUCGCCGCCUCAGCCUGGCGGGGCGGAGGAGGAGGAGCACCAGGCCUCCGGGCCCCGGCACCGCCGCCCGCAGGUCAUUUCUGAUUCAUUUGCAUCUUUGAAGAGCAUCUGUAGAAGAGGAAGGAAAAGAUGGGUGUGAAAACAUUUACUCAUAGCUCCUCUUCCCACAGCCAGGAAAUGCUUGGAAAGCUAAAUAUGCUGCGAAAUGAUGGACAUUUUUGUGAUAUCACUAUUCGUGUCCAGGACAAAAUCUUCCGGGCACAUAAGGUGGUACUAGCAGCUUGCAGUGAUUUUUUUCGCACCAAACUUGUAGGCCAAGCAGAGGAUGAGAACAAGAAUGUGUUGGAUUUGCAUCAUGUUACAGUGACUGGCUUUAUACCCCUUUUAGAAUACGCUUACACAGCCACUCUGUCAAUUAACACAGAAAAUAUCAUUGAUGUUCUAGCUGCAGCCAGCUAUAUGCAAAUGUUUAGUGUUGCUAGCACCUGCUCAGAAUUCAUGAAAUCAAGCAUUUUAUGGAAUACACCCAACAGCCAACCAGAAAAGGGUCUAGAUGCUGGACAAGAAAAUAACUCUAACUGCAAUUUUACUUCUCGAGAUGGAAGCAUUUCUCCAGUGUCUUCAGAGUGCAGUGUGGUAGAAAGAACCAUUCCUGUCUGCCGAGAAUCCCGGAGAAAGCGCAAAAGCUACAUUGUUAUGUCUCCUGAAAGUCCUGUAAAGUGUAGCACACAAACAAGUUCUCCCCAGGUAUUGAAUUCUUCAGCUUCCUACUCAGAAAAUAGAAAUCAACCAGUUGACUCUUCUUUAGCUUUUCCCUGGACUUUUCCUUUUGGAAUUGAUCGAAGGAUUCAGCCUGAUAAGGUUAAGCAGGCAGAAAAUGCCCGGACUUUAGAAUUACCUGGCCCAUCUGAGACAGGUAGAAGAAUGGCUGAUUUUGUGACUUGUGAGAGCACAAAAACUACCUUGCCUCUGGGUACCGAAGAAGAUGUCCGGGUCAAAGUAGAAAGAUUAAGUGAUGAGGAGGUCCAUGAGGAAGUAUCCCAGCCUGUCAGUGCAUCUCAGAGUUCACUGAGUGAUCAGCAGACAGUGCCAGGAAGUGAACAAGUCCAAGAGGACCCGCUGAUUAGUCCACAGUCUUCCUCUAUAGGCUCAGUAGAUGAAGGCGUCACCGAAGGGUUACCUACACUUCAGAGCACUUCUAGCACUAACGCUCACCCAGAUGAGGAUGAUCGAUUGGAAAAUGUUCAGUAUCCCUACCAACUCUACAUUGCUCCUUCUACCAGCAGUACAGAACGGCCAAGUCCAAAUGGUCCAGACAGACCUUUUCAGUGUCCAACUUGUGGGGUGCGAUUCACCCGUAUUCAGAACCUAAAACAGCACAUGCUCAUCCACUCAGGAAUUAAACCAUUUCAGUGUGACCGCUGUGGGAAGAAGUUCACCAGGGCUUACUCGCUAAAGAUGCAUCGCCUAAAGCAUGAAGGUAAACGCUGUUUCCGGUGCCAGAUAUGUAGUGCCACUUUCGCUUCCUUCGGGGAAUAUAAACACCACAUGAGGGUUUCCCGGCACAUUAUCCGCAAGCCUCGGAUUUACGAGUGCAAAACAUGUGGCGCCAUGUUCACCAACUCUGGAAAUUUAAUCGUGCACCUGAGGAGUCUGAACCAUGAAGCGUCAGAGCUAGCAAACUACUUCCAGAGCAGUGAUUUCCUAGUACCGGACUACUUAAACCAGGAGCAAGAAGAGACCCUUGUUCAGUAUGAUCUUGGAGAACACAGUUUUGAAAGCAACUCCUCUGUUCAAAUGCCUGUAAUUUCACAGGUCUCCUCAACCCAGAAUUGUGAAAGCACUUUUCCCUUGGGGUCUCUUGGUGGGCUGGCAGAAAAGGAGGAAGAAAUGCCAGAGCAACCAAAGACCAGUGCUUGUGCCGAGACUCCCGGAGGUGACCCCCCGAAAUCAGAGCUGUCUUCUGUAACUAUUGAGUAAUUUCAUGGUUUGGCUUCAUUUUUGGUUUUUGGAAAGUGCCUGUGCUUGGUCUUGUACAUUUAAAUUUAGUUCAAUUUUUUUAAAGAAAAAAGGGUUUGGGAAGGAAUUUCCCUUUUUUACUUUGUAAACCCUGCAACUGAUGUUUUAUUUUUUAUGACUGAGAGAUUGCUUCUGUAAGUUCACAAUAACAUUAUGUUGAAACAUAAUAGAUGCUAUAAGACUUAAGGAGAACCAGUUGACUUAAAACAUAUAUCAGUUUCUCCUUCCAUUGUUAAAAGUAGGCUAAUAACAGAUUAUUAGGUAAAGAAGAAAUCAGAUCAAUAUUGACCUUCCUGAGAUGAAACGGUACACCAGAAACAAAUUGUUAAAAAGAAUUUGACAAAUGGCCCAAAUAGAUAUUUGCUCCUAUACACAGGACGUUGUACAAUAUUUUGUAAAGCCUGUUGUUUUUGGAAGUAUUUAAGGUAAGCUUUCUUAAAAAUUAUUCGGGUAAAUACUGCUGAAAUCCAACAUACUCCUUUUUUUUUUUUUUUUUUUUUUUUUAAGCUUUAUCAUUUUUAUUCUGAUUUUUUUCAUAGUGAAAAUUUGAUACUGGGGUAGGCAGUCCCUGUACCUUAUAGUACUACUCAUUCAAAUAAUCUUUCUUCUAUAAAAGAAGACAGAGAACCAUGAUUGAGAAUAGUCAAGCUGUGCAUGGGGUGACCAGGAAUGGAGAAUGUAGUGUGUAAAUCCCAGCUUCAUAGGAACUCUAAUACUGCUUUUCUGGCUGAAAUUGUUAUUUACCUGGUAUUUGAAUGUUAAUGCCUGACUAAUUAUGUCACUGCCAAAAUCAGUUUUCCUCUUGCCCCAUUGACAAUACUUUCACUUGCAUAUACUGGCGUGAUAUUAUAUAAAGGAAAAAUAUUGGAGAUAGUCUAUAUUUCAUAUGUAGGUUUAUGUAUUGUUGGGGAUGUUUUUAUUGUGCUGUUUUGGACAAAAUAAAGAAUUCUCUAUUAAGGCUACAUUCUUAACCCAACUAAGAUUGUUUAUAAAAACCCCAUAUGACAGUGAAACAUUGUCCUUGUUCUAAAAAACUUUUAACUAUUGCCAAGUUUAUUAAAAGUAGUUCGUGUAGUUUUUACACAAUGUAAGCAAUAAUGUAAAAGAUGAGAAAAGCCUAUAAAAUGAUCUCUGACUCAUAAAUCUGGGGGAAAAUAUUAAGACUAAAGAAAAACUGAAAACCUUGAAUUAAUGAGUUUCACCUCUUUUGCUGCUAAAAAAUGAAACUUUCUUUUUUAGUUGAAAUUUAUGAUACUCUAGGCUGGAGUAUACUUUUCAUCUAGUGCCAUUUACAGUAUCAGUUUGAUCCUAAAUAUUCAUGAGUUCAUGAACAAUGAACUUUUGGGUAACUUUUAUUUAUAUAUAUAUAUAUAAACUUUAAUAAUUAUGAAAGCACCUGAUUCAAUCAGAAAAAAGAAAUAAAAUAUACUUUCUUAUUCAACACACAAGAUCUGAAUUUUGUCCAGGUGCUAGACCUUAAUGAUAAAAUAUAGUUUUAAGUUUUAGUGAUUUAAUUGUUCCAUUUUUUAAAAUAUGCUAAUUCUGUCAUUUAUUUUGCCUCCUACAAAUGGAAAGAAAAGGAAAGGAAAGUCAUUGAGG